ACCAACUCUGCCUAAGAGGAAAAUCGAUCUGCAGAUCACAGGCUUGGCCGCGCAGCUCUCUGAGAGAUGGAAGUUUUGAGACGAGCUCGUGUCUUCCCAGUCCCAUCCACCCGCACUCCCUCGCUGGUCGCCAGCCGCCUUGCGUCCCCGCCACCCCUCUCGUCCGCCACACAGACCCGCUCAUUCGCCAUCAAGAAGCUGCACGCCUUCCGUCCGAACUCAGACGAGGUGCCUCGCGAGACGCACGCCAAGUACGAGAGGCACGGCAACCCCGACAGCUGGGAGAAGGAUCCGCGGUGGCAGGCCCACAUGGGGCACAUGUCUGCCGGCGCCAGGGGCAUGAACAGGCCGGAUGUGUCGCUGGGACCGCACAAGCGGGGCUGGAUCUUGGUGUGGACGCCCAUCAAGGACGACCCCUGGGGCUUCUUCAUCGACUGCGUCAUGAUUGCCACGGCCAUCUACACCGUCGCCAACCUCUCCUGGGGCGAGCCCUACCACCUGCGGCGCAAGAGGGUCAUAAUCGAGCGGCUGUACAAGGAGUACGGACUCACCGAGGCCGACGUGGACGAGAUCGAGGGCUAUGACGCCCCGCUGUCCGACGACACCGACCCACUCGCCGUGCCGGCGCCAUCGCCCGCGUUCUCACAGAGCAUCACAUCGGGCGGACUGCAGUAGCAGGGAGGCCAGGGGAGAGGAGAGGAGAGAAGAGGGGCAGGCAGGCAGGCAGGCCGGGCAAGUGCUUUGCUGUUUUGGGUGGCAUGUGAUGAAGCAAGUGCAUGGCUGUGGAGUGAUGCAUUCGUUGUGGAGGGGAUGUGAGAGUGUUUUGAUGUGACUUGACUGCUGUGUGACGACAUGGCUGGUGCCUCUGUUCGGAAGCGGUCGUGUAGUUGCCGACGAGAGGAUCCACGCAUCCCUUUCAUUGGUGAGUACACCGGCUGUUUCUCUGAUACAUAGAGGCAGCAGACCCGGCCUCGACGAGCACGCAAAGCGAUCGAUGGACAGUGCAGUCUUUGUGAUGGCACCCGAGCAUUUGAGUGAUCGGAGUGUUUGCUUCCGCGGCAGUGAGUCAGCAGCAGUUGAUGCCGCACAUUCGUCGGGAUAGACCAACGAAUGGACCGCGUCAGCUGCUGGCGGUCUUGGCUGGCGCAGAGGGAUGCAUGCGAUCGUGUGGUGGAGUGGAGUGUUCAUGAGAGCUCCAUGGAUGUCUGUCUAUAGGUAUCAGUCGCUGCAGUGCUGUCGGGAAACAUCGACCAAUGAACCUCAUCAACUCACUCUAUCAAUCCCAUGUCGCC